UGCCAUUUGUUUAUUUAUUCAAUCAAAAAGGUAAACUGAUGGCAGUGUAUAAAUUUCAAGUAAUGACAAGCAAUUAGUUUGAUGCAGCAUUAGUGCAAUAAUGGGUCUAACACCACUGUUGCAACAAUGGUGGCAAGAGCUCUACAAAACAACACUAAUCAAACCCUUUGUCUUCCCUCUCCUCCUCUCCUCCCUCCUCCUGUUUCUGUUUAAAUUCAAGAAAAGUGUUAGCAAAUUCAAAUUCCCUCCUUCAACACCUAGGCUACCGAUUAUCGGACACCUUCACUUACUAGGGAACCUCCCUCACCGGUCUCUCCAUGCUCUCUCCGAAAAAUAUGGCCCUAUGUUACUGCUAUACUUGGGUGGUGCUCCAACUCUGGUUGUCAACUCUGCAAAGAUAGCAAAAGAAAUCAUGAAGACUCAUGACAUUGCUUUUGCAAACAGAGUCCAAACAAGGGCUGCUGAUGCAUUAAUGUAUGGAUGCACUAGUCUAGGGUUUGCUCCGUACGGUGAGUAUUGGAGACAAAUGAGGAGAAUCUGUGUUUUGGAGCUUCUGAGCAUCAAAAGGGUACAAUCAUUCCAUUUUGUUAGAGAAGAAGAAGUUGCGACGAUGAUUGAGAAGAUACGCAGCAACACGGGCCUUGAUGGAGGAGCUAAUUCUGUCAACCUUGGAGAUAUGUUGGUUGAUACCAUGACUAGCAUAAUAUCCAGAUGUAUUCUUGGGAAGAAGUAUGAAGGAGAGGAUAAUAAGAAGAGAUUCGGACAGUUUGCGAGAAACGGAAUGGAGCUCUUGAUUGAGUUUUCCUUCCAAGAUUUCUUCCCAUCAUUUGGAUGGAUUGACGCACUAACUGGUUUGGUUAAAAAACUACACUUCACAAGGAUUAGAUGCUUUCCUUGAUGAUGUGAUUGAAAUAUAUCGAGCUUCAAAAGGAAAUGAUGAUCAGCCUGGUAAUAAGUGUCUGAUUGAAAUUCUGCUUCAUCUUCAGGAGGAAGGCAAGCUAGACAUUGAUUGAUAUCUCCC